AUGAGAGCACCAAUGACAGCCAAAGAAGUUCAAAAACUUAAUGGAAGGAUCACACCCCUCAGACGAUUUGUGUCAAACUCAGCAAAGAGAUGUCUCCCAUUCCUUAAAACACUAAGAAACGUAAAAAACUUCGAAUGGAAUGAAGAAUGCCAACAAUCUUUCGAGGAGCUUAAAAAAUUUCUGAGCUCACCACCACUGCUCUGCAGGCCCGAGGCAGGAGAAAUCUUAUACUUAUACCUGAGUACCACCAACGAAAUAGUAGCAUCAUUGCUUGUCAAAGAAGAAGGAGGAGAGCAGAAACCGGUAUACUAUACGAGCAAAGUAUUGAAAGGCCCCGAUCCCAGAUAUAGCGAAAUUGAGAAAUUCGCAUUCACACUUGUGUUGACGGUGGAAAAGCUAAAGAGAUAUUUUCAAGCCCACUCGGUGAUAGUCCGAACAAACCAGUCGCUAAAGAAAGCCCUGGGAAGACCAGAAACGUCGGGAAGAUUAAUCAAUUGGUCCAUCAUGUUAGGAUCAUAUGACAUAAAAUAUGAGCUGCGGUCUUCCAUAAAAGCACAAAUCCUAGCAGACUUCGUCGCUGAAACAACAACAACCAACCAACCAUUAGAAGUGGAUGAGAGCAUGGUCAGAUGGGUAUCACAAGUAGAUGGAGUGUCGAACAUGAUACGCUCAUGGGCAGGCAUGGUACUGAAAGGACCACACUCUAUAAAAAUGCAACACUUGGUCAACUUAAACAUCUCAGCCACAAACAACUCGGCCGAAUACGAAGCUCUGAUAGCGGGGUUGCGAAUGGCAACAGUGGUCAAGGCAGAACGACUUAAAAUUCAAGGUGACUCACAGCUAGUGGUCAACCAGGUGCUAGGUCUAUUCGAAAUAAAAGAUCUCGAUAUGAGAAAAUAUGUAGACCGAGUUAAGGAGCUACUAGCCAAAAUUGCCGAAGAUGGCAGGAAAUGGGAAUUAGAGCAAAUUCCUAGAGAGGAAAACAAAGAAGCAGACAUAUUAGCUAAAGCCGGAGCAGCCAAAGAAACAAUACCGGGCAUGCCAUCAUCAGUUCAAAACUUCAGCAGCAUCCAGAAUCCCGAGGUGACUUUACUAAUUAAUCCAUUACACCAAUGGAUGGAGCACAUCAUAACAUACAUAGAAAACGGAAGCCUACCAGUAGAUAAAAGUAAAUCGAGGAAGGUCAAACGCCGAGCACCGCACUUCUCGUACCGAGAUGAGAUCAUAUACCGGAAAUCAUUUUCCCACCCUUGGUCCAGAUGUCUUACAAUAGAAAAAAAAAAUAUGUCUUAG